GCAGAGGAGGACCAGCCGGAGCGGCGAGAGACAGACCAGACCAUGCCGUCGCGUUCGCCGCGGCGGCCGGGCCCCCUCCCCCCGAGCGCCAGCAGCAGGCGGAGGGGCGCCGCCGAGCCCCCUCCCGGCCUCUUCCCUGCCAGGGAGGACCUCCUCCGCCUGCUGGCCGUCCUCACCAUCGCCUCCGCAGCCGCAGCGGCCUGCAGCCGGCUCAACCGCCGCCCUGAGCCCUUCUGCGACUCCGUCCAAUCGCCCGAUGACUACGCCGACGAUUCGUGUCAACCUUGCCCCCACAACGGCCGAUGCGUGGACGGUCAGCUCGAGUGCGUCCAGGGUUUCAAGAGAUACGGAGGAUCAUGCAUAGAGGAUGGCUUGCUCAGCCAAACAGCUACCAAGAUUUCAGAGUUGCUACAGCUGAGGAUCUGCGAUCAGCAUGCUCGUGCUUUAUGCGGCCAGCCCACCAAAAUCUUGUUUCAGAAGCAUGACGUCUCAGAUACAGUCGAUGAACUCUUAUCAAAGAAUCCUGCCGGCUUAACUGAGGAUGCCAUCCAACUUGUGAAAGCUAGGGUGCUGGACACUGCUCAGGGCUUCUUCGAGACAACUUUUACCUCCAACCAAGCUGAAGCAUUUAAAUGUCCUGAGCUGGUCGCAGAGCGUUACAUGCCCCUCACUUGUCAAGUUCGUCAAUGGAUCUCUAGAAAUAUCAUCUUUGUGGCAAGCUUUUCUAUCCUGUUUGCAGCACUGCUCCGCGGACUGUGCACCAUUUACUGGAGACAAGCAUUAUCAAAUAGAGCUGAGGAAAUAUAUGAGCAGGUGUGUGAAAUCCUUGAAGAUAAUGCUGUGAAUGCCAAGAUUGGCAAUUCUGAUUGUGAGCCUUGGGUGGUUGCGUCUUGGCUGAGGGAUCAUCUGCUGGUUCCUCGAGAGAGAAAGAAUGCUUCCUUGUGGAAGAAGGUUGAAGAACUGAUACUAGAAGAUUCUCGCAUAGAUCAGUACCCAAAGGUGAUUAAGGGGGAGUCUAAAGUUGUUUACGAGUGGCAAGCUGGUGGCUCGCUUAGCGGAAAGACUAAAAAGGUGCAAGAGUCUGAGUCAAGGACUGCUGUGGGUGCGAUAAAACUUGCGGAAGAAAUGGGUACCUGCGUGGGUGAGGUGAGGGAGCAGGGUUCAUGCGAUCCAGCACGCAGAGACAGAACUAAGGCCUGACGGCUUGAGCCAAGCUCACCUGUAGUGUAGUAGCUAGGUAGGUUGUGCCUCCUGAACGAUGGAAUUGUUUUCCAACUGCAUGAGAAGUCCAUGUACUGAUGUUGACUUGUUAGGAUGUACUGUUUGUUUUGUGUUGUUGCAAGCAGGAAUAGCUCAAGUCAGAUUGGGAUAUCCAUGCAUGGGUCAAUUUGUACGCAGGAGCUGCGGAUUAUUAGUGCAAAACAGUCCGUACCUAUAUAUACUAUAGAUGACUGAAUGAACUGUAAGCAUGUAAGGAAAUGGAUCAUGCAUGAAUGUGUAUGCAUUGAACUGAAUGUGAUCACUGGAAGA